CAGCAUCACAAACUAGACAGCACCCAAUAACUGUCUGGUUUUAAAUGUAUUUUCUUUCAUUCCAGGUGACUGAUUCCUUAGGUGUGCACCUGAUUCUUUUCCCUCACCAUCUGAUAAAAUAUCAUUUAUCAUGAGAACAUUUAUUAAAUCCUGGAUUCCUCAGUGUUUGUGGAUUCUCAGGUCAUCUUCCAGAUCAUUCCAUGGAAACAACAGGCUUCGAACAUCUCAGAUUAUUUCCUAUUAUGAAUCUAUAAACCAGUGUAAAAAGGAACUGCCAGAAUAUUUCAACUUUGCAAGUGAUGUCUUAGAUGAGUGGGCACGACUGGAAAAGGAUGGAAGAAAACCAGCAAAUCCAGCUUUUUGGUGGGUCAAUGAUGAGGGACAGGAGGUGAAGUGGAGCUUUGAGGAGCUGGGCUCUCUGUCCAGGAAGGCAGCCAAUGUACUGUCUGGGGCCUGUGGUUUGCAGAGAGGAGACAGAGUCAUAGCAGUUCUGCCUCGUGUUCCUGAGUGGUGGCUCCUGAAUGUGGCCUGCAUGCGAGCAGGAAUUGUCCUUAUUCCAGGAACAUCCCAACUAACAGCCAAGGACAUCUCAUACCGACUCCAGGCUUCAAAGGCCAAGUGUAUCAUUACCAGUGACACACUGGCCCCUGCAGUGGAAUCUGUCCUGCCUGGCAGCCAGUUCCUGAAAAGUAAACUCAUUGUAGGCCAAGGGAGCAGGGAUGGGUGGCUGAACCUCAAAGAACUCCUUGAGGUUGCAUCUGCUGACCAUCAAUGCGUCAAGACGAGGAGCCAAGACCCAAUGCUUAUCUAUUUUACCAGUGGAACUACGGGCUUCCCAAAAAUGGUGGAGCAGUCCCACAGCAGUUAUGGCAUUGGAUUUGCAAUCUCUGGCAGGUAUUGGAUGAACUUGACUCCUUCAGAUAUAAUGUGGAAUACCUCUGAUACUGGCUGGGUAAAAGCAGCUUGGAGCAGUGUUUUUGCACCGUGGAUCUGUGGAUCCUGUGUCUUUGUACACCAUAUGCCCCAGUUUAAGUCAGAAGUUAUUGCAGAGACUCUCUCAAGAUAUCCCAUCACCACCUUCUGCACGGCUCCCACCGCCUUCCGCAUGCUGGUCCAACAUGAUGUGAGCAGAUACAAGUUCCCGAGUCUGAAACACUGUGUAACUGGAGGGGAAGCACUAAAUCCUGAAGUGUUGGCAAAGUGGAAAAUCCAGACAGGGCUGGAUAUCCAUGAAGGUUAUGGCCAGACCGAAACAGUGACAAUCUGUGCCAAUAUGAAAGGAAUGAAAAUUAAACCUGGCUCUUUGGGAAGAGCUGUUCCCCCUUAUGAUGUGCAGAUCGUAGAUGAGCAGGGCGCUGUUGUGCCUGCAGGAGAAGAGGGCACCAUUGGUGUGCGAGUGCAGCCCACGCGACCCUUCUGUAUGUUCUCCCAGUACUUGGAUAAUCCAGAGAAAACUGCUGCCUCUGUGCGUGGAGACUUUUAUCUCACUGGAGACAGAGGCACUAUGGAUGAAGAGGGAUAUGUCUGGUUUGUGGGAAGAGCUGAUGAUAUCAUUAAUUCUGCUGGGUACCGCAUUGGCCCCUUUGAAGUGGAGAGUGCAUUGGUUCAGCACCCAGCAGUCUCAGACGUGGCUGUUGUCAGCAGUCCCGAUCCAGUGAGAGGGGAGGUGGUCAAAGCUUUCAUUGUUUUAGCUCCUGCUUUUGUGUCACAUGAUCCAGAAAAAUUAAUUCAUGAGCUUCAACAACAUGUCAAGAAGGUGACUGCACCAUACAAGUACCCAAGGAAGGUGGAGUUUGUUCAGGAGCUGCCAAAGACAGCUACUGGGAAAAUCCAGAGAAAGGUUCUGAAGAACAAAGAGUGGGCAAGAGAACGACAACAGUAAGAGUGAACUGGAAAACGAGGAGAGAAAUUCUCCAUCACGUAUGCCAGCCAUAACACAUGACACAGAGCAGGUGGUCAUGAUCCAAAGCAGAACGAGAACAUUGGGAAAAACAAACUGUGGAAGAAAAAGGAGAAAACAUUCUUGAGGCUAUGUGGUAUUGGAACCAUUUUUUGCCAUCAAUGUAUACAUUUUCAGAAGAAAGGAAAUGCAAGUAAUUCAAAGUGUGGAAUGGGAGAGAGAAAGACUCAUGUGCAUACAGAGUUCUAAUUUUUUUUACUGCAAUUUGUAUAAACAUCUUCCUUUUUAAAAAAUGGGUGGAACUAUGAGGCUUUGAAAAUUACAAAUAAAUGAGAAGUAAAUUAAAGGAUAUUUCUCUUGAGGUGGGUAUCAGCAAUAAUUAACAUCCAAAACCUACCACUGUAACAUUCUCAAAUUCUUUCAGGGUGGAAGGAAAAAGACAUUUUAAUGCUUCUCUUCAGCAUGAUGAAUUUGUGAUCUACUUAAAUGGUUAAACUGGAGGGAAAAGUGCUUUAGGUUAAGGUGCAAAUUAUGUACAAUUAACAAUGGUGUAAAUGAUUACAAGAAAAAAGUUACUCCACAGAAGGAGUUGUACUGCUUGAUCUGUUAUGUGCUGCAUUCUCUUUCCAUUACUCCAGAAGAAGAAAGCAAUAAAGUCAGAAGGGUUUCACUCCAUAACCUUUAUGAAGGAAUGGUCAGGUUUCACAUCUCCAGGGAACAGCUGAUCUUUACAGUGCCUCAUAUGGGAAGCAUGUCCUGAAAGGUGAGUGAAAUGAAUGAAGAGGAUCUGCCCCAGCAGCUCUCAGUCUCUCCUGAGUACAGCAGACAGGUCAGGAAAAUGUUAUUUAUCUGAACUUCUCACAUUGAUGAUCACUCAGCAAAGCAAAUGGUAUUAAGUCAGGAAUAAUAAUUUCUGAUUCUCCCUACUCAUUCUGAGAACUUUGCCAUUACUGGGUCUUUUCCUCAGUUUUCUGUCUUCAUUUUCAUUUCUACAUUUGCAGGUGAGAAAGUGGUAAAAACUUGAAGGCUCUCACAGUCUUCCUGGUGUACGUUUUUGUAGAGCACUCUGGAAUCCUAAACUUCAAAUGUGCCAUCUUGUCAGUCUUGAAUAUCAUUUCCCUAAAUAUUCCUAAAUACUAUGUCCCUCCUCCUUCUCUCAUAGUCUAUUGUGUAGAUUUUGUCAUUGUAAUGCUCUGGAAUACACAAGUUACAGCUAAAUCACAGAAUUAAGAGCAGACUGAGAAAGGAAAAACAUCUUCCUAAGUGAUUAA